AUAAACUUAUAAAAACAUGUUUUGUUACCCAAAUUUAAAACCCUAAAAUCACGAACAUUCGCCAUUCUUCUUCUCUAUAUAACCCGGCCAUCCCUUCGUCUAGUGAUUCAUCAUCAAUCAAUCCCCUCCUGUUCUUCAUCAAAACAUCAUCUAUUUUCUCAGAUGGAUGCUCAGAGGGCUGAAGGACACCCAGUAGACAUAAGUGCAGAUGUUGCAUCUGAAGAGAACAACAGGUAUGCUGGGACCAAGGUUUGUGGGGGUGCACCAUGUGGGUUCUCGGAUGCGAAAACGAGCUCACGCGAGGCGAAAGAGCGGUCGGCUUCGAUGUGGAAGCUGUGGGGAGGGGUUAUACUCUGUUUUAUAUUCAUGGGUGUGGAAGUUUUCGGUGGGAUUAAAGCCAACAGUCUUGCGAUUUUGACUGAUGCAGCUCAUUUGUUGUCGGAUGUUGCUGCGUUUGCGAUUUCGUUGUUUUCGGUUUGGGCGUCGGGGUGGGAGGCUACGCCUCGUCAGUCGUACGGGUUUUUUAGGAUUGAGAUACUUGGAACGUUGGUCUCGAUUCAGAUCAUUUGGCUGCUUACUGGGAUUUUGGUGUAUGAGGCUAUAGAUAGACUUCUUCAUGGUUCGGUCGAUGUUGAAGGUAGUCUUAUGUUUGGGAUUGCAACUUUCGGGCUGGUUGUUAAUAUUCUUAUGAUGUUUAUACUCGGUCAUGACCAUGGUCAUGGUCAUAGUCAUGGCCAUGGUCAUAGCCAUGGUCAUAGUCAUGGUCAUGAUCAUAGCGACGAGGACGUUGAGGAUGUGAAUAUCCAUGGAGUUAGUGUCACAACGCACCGACACCAUCAUCACAGUCACGGGGAUGAACAUCAUCAUGAUCAUGAUCAUGAUCAUAGUCAUGGGGAUGAUCAUGAUCAUCAUCAUGAUCAUGAGGAACAUAGCCAGCCUCUGUUAAAGAAAUACCCUGCAGACGAAACGAAAGAGAAGAAGAAGAGAAACAUAAACGUUCAAGGUGCGUAUCUACACGUGUUAGGCGAUUCGAUACAGAGUAUCGGCGUAAUGAUUGGUGCGGCCGUCAUAUGGUACAAUCCCAAAUUGAAAGUCAUCGAUCCGAUAUGCACAUUACUCUUCUCCGUCAUCGUGUUGUACACGACAAUCAACAUGCUGCGCGACAUUCUGGAGGUUUUAAUGGAAAGCACACCAAGAGAGAUAGACGCAACAAGUCUCGAACGGGGCCUUUGCGAGAUAGACGAAGUUGUUGCUAUUCAUGAAUUGCAUAUCUGGGCGAUAACCGUCGGGAAGGUGUUGUUAGCUUGCCAUGUGAGAAUCCGGCGUGAAGCAGAUGCGGAUAUGGUGUUGGAUAAGGUGGUGGAUUAUAUUAAAAGGGAGUAUAAUAUCAGCCAUGUUACGAUCCAGAUAGAGCGCGAAUAAGCUAGUCAGGUUGUCUAUAUAACAUAUGCAAUCGGUCAAUGGCAACAUUUGAGAGUGAGUCGAAGUUACUUGAGAAAGCCGAGUGAAAAAACGCUCAUGAGUUUGUACUCUGGACACUGCUUGUUUUGUUGGAAGAGAUGGAAACCGGGUUCUUGAAGAGGUAAUUGUUUAUAAUAAUUGAUAUGGUGGUUGGUAGUUAAUUAGUUAUCAGCUUAUCAUCCAACUUCUUAUUUACUUUAAGCAUUUAUCUAUAUCUCAAUUGCUUUGGAUAUGAGGUGAUAUUACUUAUAUUGAUUACUUUUAGAUAUGGUUUUUGGACAAUUGUUUGUUAAUCGAGUAGCUUUCUAUGGAACUCUAUGUUGGUUUGUACAAUUGUAAUAUCCGACCCUUUGUAUCGGUCAA